GUGUGUUUUGGCAGCGCGCAGCAACAAUCCUCUCCAAAAUCUUUACGCACCAACUUCUCCCUCAUCUGCAGCGCCUCUCUUUCAUUUCCAACCUUUCCUCCACCUCCAUCCCGCUCUCCCUUAACUUCUCAUUGUCCCUUCAGGCCGUCUGAUCCCCUUUACUCCCCAGAGCAUAAUCACAAUGAUCAAAGCCCGGCUCUCCCUGUCAUCCAGAGAAUUGGAAGGAGAGCUUCGAACGCGCAACGGGGGGGAAGAGUGAUAACAACCACUUAGAACAGCAAAGUCAGUCCCUGGCCAGUUUGGAAACUGGAAUUUGACGGCUCAGACGGCAGACUCGUGGAAGGGAACAGGGUGUCAGAGAGAAAAGAAGCGAGGAUCGCCGCCAGCUGGCCGAGAAGAGCGCCCUCAUGUUCGACCCGCCUGCGCCAACACAAACCGCAGGAAAUCUGUAAAAAAAAUCUGGCGUUCUUCUGACUUAUACAAAACAUGUUUUUGUCGCUGGGGCAUUUGUUCUGUUAAAAACAUGCAAUUUGUGAAGUUUAAAACCGUUUCUUGCACAUCCAAGCAGCACAAACAGGAGCUGGAAGAGUUUAUAAUGCUGUGGAGCUGCUGAGGCUCCAGCAGAGGGAUCGGCAGGUGGAUGGAGCAGGAGCUCCUCUCAGCCAAAGGGAAAAUUAGCGCAGGCUUUAGGACCGCGGGUUGAAAACUCCACAACUCAAAGGUGCGCGCCCGAGUUCUUUUGGAGUCCAGAUGACGCACGCGUAACAGCAGGAAGGAUUUGGAAAAUUAUUGUUGAGGUUUUUUUUACUCUAAUGAAAUGCAAUCGACUCCCGCAUUGAUCCAAAACGAACAUUUCCGGUGGAAAUGUGCGCCUUUUGCAGCAUGAAGCUCCGCAGGAGGGCUGCGGCUGUGCGCAGGAGGAUGCACUGCCUCUGGCUGCUGCUGCUGGGGCUCGCGCUGGCAAUGCUGGCGACGUCCGGGUUUCUCAAUCAGGACCAGGACCUUCACGCAGCUGACCCUUCCCGCCGCCCCCUCCAGCGGCUUCCCGGUCCACCGGAGCUGGAAGUCAUCGUGGACUCCCUCGACCUAGCUUUGGAGCUUGGUGAAGACUUGGCUCCGCUGAAAUCCCUGCAGGAGGACCAGCUGUUGUUCGUCUUCCCCUCCGCGCACGGCUCCAGGACGCAGCCGCAGAGCAAACGGAGCUACAAGAUGCUCAUGCGCGGAACUUUUAAGGACGCGGCGACUCCAGGACCAGCGCGGCUGCGCGCGGGAAGCCUGCAGCGGGAGAUGGAGCAGGCUUCCGUUCAGAGACACGGCUUCAACGAGGCGCUCAGCGAGACCAUCUCACUGCAUCGGAGGCUCCCCGAGGCGCGCCAUCCCGAAUGUUUUGGGGAGAAGUACAGCGAGUCGUUGCCUUCAGCCAGCGUCAUCAUCUGUUUCCACGAGGAGCCCUGGUCCACGCUCAUGCGCACUGUGCACAGUGUGCUGGACACAACUCCCAAACAGUUUCUGCAGGAAGUCCUGCUGGUGGACGACCAAAGCCAGAGCCGUCACCUGAAGGUCAGACUGGGCAGCUAUGUGUCUGAACUCGAAGGGGUUCGUUUGAUUCGCAGCACCAGGCGCCUCGGUGUAGGCGGCUGCCGUACAAUGGCGGCUGCAAAGGCCAAAGGGGAGGUUCUGGUGUUCAUGGAUUCCCACUGUGAGUGCCAGGAGGGCUGGCUAGAGCCUCUGCUGGAGAGAGUUGCACAGGACAGGAGCAGAGUGGUGUCUCCGAUUAUGGACGUGAUCGACUGGCAGACGUUUCAGUUUAACAUCACCCAGUGGCCCGUCAGGGGAGUUUUUGACUGGAGACUCGACUUUUACUGGGAGUCAAAUCCUCAACUGCAAGAUUUCCAUCCAGAAGAACCUGUUUUACCUUUACAGAGCCCAGCUUUGGGAGGCAGCGUUUUGGCCAUCGACAGAAAUUUUUUUCAAAGUGUGGGAGCGUACGACCCCGGGAUGGUGCUGUGGGGGGCGGAACAAAUCGAGCUGUCAAUCAGGGUGUGGUCCUGUGGGGGAUCCAUGGAGGUGGUGCCCUGCUCCCGUGUGGCCCAUCUCAGUCUCCAUCACCGACCCUACAUCUUCCCAGACCAGGACAUGCUCAGGAGGAACAAGAUUCGGGUUGCUGACAUCUGGAUGGAUGCUUACAGGAAGAUCUACUACAGGAGAGACACACUUGCUCAUUUCAUCAAGCAGUCGGAGAGCCCAAACAUUGCCGAACGGCUGCGGCUAAAGAGAAGUCUGGGUUGCAGGAACUUUCACUGGUUCUUGUCCACAGUUUUCCCGCAGCUCUACGUUCCCCAGGACAAACCGGCUCUAUCCGGCGAGUUGUACAACGUGGGCACUGGCAGCUGUGCAGACUACCCUAGGGGGGAACAGCAGCAAGGGGGGGUCAUGAACAUAGCACCGUGCAGCGGGACAGGCGGUCAGCACUGUGAUUUUAACUCUGAGGGGGAGGUGCGAUGGGGGAGCGGGGGGUCUUUGUGCAUGGAUGCUAAAGGAAACAGAGUGGUCCUCUCUCCAUGCUCCGCCCACCAACCAACCAACAGGGGACUCAAGUGGAAAUUCGUAAAGCUGAGCGGACAGCUGGUUCAUCAGCAGUCUCAGAUGUGUGUGGAGGCUGUCCAACAACAGAGCACGGCAGGAGUAAACAAACCCAAUGCAGGCGGACUCUACCUGAAACAGUGUACACGUCACCCCAGACAACAGUGGCACUUUGAGCAGUUAGUAGCACCCAAAGGUAACUAAUAAAGUUAUCAACAGUUUUAUAAACCAGAAAAAAAAUCAUCUUCCAAUCAUCAAAAAGGAGUACUUUGAGAUUUCUUUUGUAAUUUUUUCUCUAUAUUUACAAUAAAAAUGGUUUAAAAAUCAAAA